AUGGCUAAUGCACGAACAUUAAGGGAGUUGGCUGCUCCUGAUUUAAAUCAGCAGCCUUUAUGCAUUACUUUCCCGAGUUUGAGUGAAAACACUUCAUUUGAAUUGAAAUCGGGUCUAAUUCACCUUUUACCCUCUUUUCAUGGUUUACCAGGUGAAGAGCCGUAUAAGCAUCUGCAGGAGUUUGAUGUCGUGUGCAAUAGUAUGAAGCCCCCGGGAAUUACAGAAGAGCAGAUAAAAAUGAGGGCAUUCCCCUUUUCCUUGAAGGAUUCUGCAAAGGACUGGCUGUACUACCUGCCACCAGAUAGCACCACCACGGCUGCAAGCCUAAGGAAAGAAAUUUGCGGGAUCAAGCAGCAUCCAGUGGAGUCACUCUAUGAGUAUUGGGAACGGUUCAAGAACUUGUUGCACAAGUGUCCCCAGCACCAGAUAAGUGAGCAGUUGCUCAUUCAGUAUUUUUAUGAGAGGCUCCUUUUCAGAGAUAGGAGCAUAAUUGAUGCUGCAAGUGGAGGGGCACUAGUGAACAAAAUCCCUCGGGAAGUAAGGGAGCUAAUAGAAGGGAUGACAGAGAAUUCACAACAGUUCGGUACGAGGGAGGAUGUCCCAGUACGCAAGGUGAAUGAGGUUCAGACAUCCUCUAUCCAGCAGCAGCUAACUGAGUUGACCUCGUUCGUUAGGCAACUGGCUGUGAAAAAUGCAUCACAAGCCAGGGUAUGUGGGGUUUGCACUGGUAUGGGACAUUCUGCAGACAUGUGCCCAACGAUUCAGGAAGAAACUGCAGAACAGGUGAACAUGACUGACCACGCGUCCGUGCCAAGAAAGCAGUACGACCCUUACUUAAGCACCUACAAUCCCGGGUGGAGAGAUCAUCCCAACCUCAGUUAUGGAAGAAAUAGGCAGCCCAACUUUGCUCCGAACAGGCAGUCUAAUUUUGUGCCAAAUAAGCGACCAGGGUACCAGCAGCAAUACCAACCCCGACCACUUCCGCCCCCAAACUCUGGUCCAUCUUUGGAGGAGAUGAUGAAACAAAUGAUGACAACCAUUACGUAA